AUGGAAGGUUCUGAUCUAGGCUGGACUGGAAAUGCCCGGGCUGGACUGGACCCUUUUGAGUGGGCAGAACUGCAGUCUUCUCAGUCUGCACGGGCAGGAGUGACUGUUUUUUUAGGGCUUCAAUGGGCUAAAGACUGCACUGUGAAUUUUGUUGAGGUUUUCCAUAUUUGGAGGAAGCUCAAGCUCUACCUGUCUUGGUCAUUGCUAAACCAAAUUUGUAACGAGAGAAAUCUCGUUUUGAAUGACUUGCUUCUUAAGUCUGGACCUUGGGAAUUCUGA